AUGUUCCAUAGCAGCACUCAGGCCCCAGUCCAUCUGCCUGCAGAGCCCGCGCCUGGCAACGAGGCACAGCUCCCGCGCGGAGAAUGCGGCUUCAUCAUCCCACCGUCCGAGGGCAAUGGUGCCCGCCAGCGUUGCCCUUGCCGUAGCUUCUAUCCAGAUUCCCUCAUCCGCUCUCGCUGUGGGUGCGGACACCAGGCCUGGAACCAUGAGGCUCAGCCGAUCUCGACCGUGUCAAUGGAGGCAUACCUACAUGCGGUAGAACAAAUGAAGCGACUGAAGCAAGAGGUGCAGCGUUUCGAGACGCUCGAGCAACAUCUAAAGCAGGAGCUGUUCAGAGAGCGUCUGGCUCGAGAAGAGCUGGUACGGACAAACCAUGCAGUACAAGCGCGCAUGUACGAGAACAUGCAACUUCUCAAACUCUCCAUCGACGACAGGGUCGAGGCCGUGGUAGACAGAACAACGGAGCUCAGCGACCAGAUCAAGGUGCAGGGCGAGCGCCUGACCAUGGUCGACGAGUUCAGCAUGGAUUUGGAGAACCGGGUCGACCGAGUGGAGCAGUUUAGUGGUAUGUCGCGAGACGUAACACCCGCUGCUUCCACGCCAAAAGCACAUCUGUCAACCCCAAAGGCCUCUCCUGCCCCACCAAUGCCGCUCAUGAUGCAUUCACAGCAUACUCUUGGUCAACUUCCGAUCCGAACUGAUAAGAAAUACCCUCUGUCGUGGAGUGUUCGCGUUGUUUUCAUUCCGCGCAAGUCGCAAAGGUUCGCAUACGAUCCCGACAGCAAUGGCUACCGGCGAUGUGCCUCACGCAAGCUGUUGCAGAACCUCGAGUUCCCUAGCCAGGACAGCUCCUGUUUUGCGAAUGGCAUCGAGACUGCCUUCAAGGGCGUCUUCCGCGGUAGACCCUGGAUGCCCAUGACCGGCCAUCGCCCAGCUGACGAACCUUUCGGUCGCAUGGCGCUGACGCUUCUACCACCCGAUCUCGUUCACCGCGGCGUAUGGGACUAUCCAUUCCUAGAGGAUCACUGUAUUGCGCACGACAAGAUGCAGGGAGACAUUCUCUACAUCACCCUGCAGUAUGAAGACGUCACCUGGAACGAGAUUCGAUUUCUACCCCCAGUUACUGGUUUCGACGAGACUUGCUGGGAACACGACGAUGAACUCGACGGUACCGCUAAAUACAAGAGCUUGGACUCAGAGAUUAUGUACGAUUAUCAGGAUCCUCCUCCUACUUAUUCAUCUCGAACUCACUCGAUGGCGACUAGGGCGCCCUCGGGACUGGACGUCCUUGCCAACUCCGCUGCGAUGCUGAGUCCGAUCGAGCGCGCUCAAACGGCAUCGUCUGUUCAUUCCUCCAGACUGAGUCCUCUUAGUCCUCUGCAGCGCGCGCCAACCCAGUCAUCGAGCCAUUCUAGCCACCCACGUUUCUCUUCCGAGCGUAGCAGCCUUCGCAGCUUCGAUACGGAAACCACUGAUGAUGAGCAUCGUGACAAGAAACCCAAGCUACGGUCGAAGCAAAGCAUGCCCAACGUGAAUGGCAACGGUCAUGCACAGCAGCCAAUGUAUGUCUCGGGCCGGUCCAAGCGUAAGAUGCCAGUGAGGGAAAAGGGUCCCAAGGAGCCCCUACACUUCAACGUCGCUGGUGUUGCAAAGGGCGGACUCAAUUUUCUGCAUCCUCGUUCUUCCAAGGGGAAAGAAGCGGCCCACAAUCCAUGA